CAGAGCCAAGUGUUUUAUGAUUCAAUGAUAAAGCAGCUACAGUAUAUAAGUCUGGAGGUGACAGCAGGUUGGCAAAGUGAUCCACAGUGUGACUGAAAUGAUGAAGCUGUCAGUGUUGUUGCUGCAGACCCUGCUUGCUCUGUCCUCUGCCAGUCUGCAGGACAUCUUGAAGAAGAGCUCACAGACCACAGAAGUUCCCUUACGGGACCCAGAUCUAGGGAACAAGAUUCCUCAAAUCACCGCCAAUGGAUCAAUGUUGGCUCUUCUAACUCCUGCUGAGAAGAGGCUGAGUCGAUCCUCCUAUAUCUUUAGUGGCUCCACCCUGGAAUGGCAGACCUGGCGUGGCUCUCUCCCCUCCGGUGCUGUUUAUAUUUACAACGACUAUGCGAGUCGCUAUGAAUAUGUCUGUAAGUAUGGGUGUGAGGCUGGCUUCUACAAUCCUGGCAUGGGUAGUUAUUGCCGCUACCCCUACGCAAGGCUAGAAUAUCUCACGUCCUCAUUUGAAAUCCUGGUGAACAGAGAGAACUUUGAGAUCCUGGAGUGGAGGGAUGAUUCCUAUGGUUCAGUGCCCCAUAAUUCAGCCAGAACUUGCUAUUCUACAACUGAGACCAAAUAUGUAGGAAAGAAUGUGUAUGGUCUGGGGAAGGUACAUGCUGAGCAUAGCUGCUUCUACCUGCCUUGGGAGGGUAAAGAGUAUUGGUACGAGCACUACCAGGUCCUGACCAUCAACAAAAAUAUACACAGUGAGCACAUGUCAAAUGUCAAAUACAACACCAAUGUUGAAACUGUUGCACUUCCUCCAGAGGUCAUGACCAAGUCCACCAUAACAAACAAUGCUUGCAGCCCAGUUGUGAAAACAGUUGUGCUCUCAGGAACAUAUCAGGAGGAGAAAAGGUGGGACACCAGCAUUGCCACCACAAUCGGUGUCAGCAGUACCAUCACUGCCCAAAUCCCAUUCAUCAGCGCAAGUAUUGGGAUCAGAGCUGAGACAACAGAGAAAUUAUCCAGUGGAAGCACCAAGGUAAAAUCGAAAACCCAAUCUGUCUCUGUGGAGCUAACUGUCCCUCCAAACCACUCCUGCAGUGUCAGUAUGCUGGGACUUAAGCACAAAGCAGACAUCCCAUUCUCAGCUCGACUUACCCGCACCUACAGGGAUGGGAGAACCAAAUCGGCGGACGUCACUGGGGUGUUCUAUGGUGUCAACGUUGGAGAAGUCCGGUCUGUUGUGGAUCGCUGUGAACCUGUACCCAAUGCUCAGCCCUGCAGCCCCGAAAGAGAAAUGGAGGAGACAUCUUAAGAUAUCUGUUCUGACAUAUUCAAUAUAACUGUUGAUGAUAAAUGUAGUGUACUAAUUCUACUUCUAAUUGGCUGGACAGCAGGGUAGGUUUUAGGAGUAGUUGCAUUAAGAGCAAUUAAUAUAUUAUAUCUAAUGUUGAUGUUUCUUUUCAAACCAAUUCACCAAAUCUACAUAUCUCUGCUGGCUGAUUAGUUACAUGCACUCACCAGAAGUGAAGGAUAAAUUAGUUGGUUAAUGAAAAUCUCAGCCUCUAUAGCUGUAUUAAACGACCAUUCCAGGACUUGAAAUAUCAUUUUUUAUGCAGACGAUACAAUCCUUUCCAUGACUAGUUUGGAUAAAUUUUGUUGAUUAUGUUGAUGGUUCAUGUGGUUGUGGAGAGUCUGUCUGAGUUUGUUGACUAGAAACACUGAAUACUGGAAUGAUACAGAACAUAUUAUGAUUUGCAAUGUGCUGGUGACACUGGAGUGUAACAGAUCACUUUUGAAUUAUCAGGAGUUAAUUUUGUACGUGGU